AUGAGGUGCGAUAUCUGUCAUCGCCCCCAUCACACCAAGAGGUUGCCAUUUCUGUGCGCAGUCGACGCGCGGAACCGCCUGUACGAGGGGCGACUCGAGUAUGCCAGGGCGCUGAUCCAGGCCGAGGAAGCCGAGAGCCGAGUAAACGAUGCUCUCGAGAAAGCUGCCGCUGCUCGGGAUCCAAAGUCGAAGCUGAAGAAGGAUGAGAAAGACGUUGCGGCGGCCCGGAUCGCCUGGCUCACCGCCGAAGAACAGGCUGCACUCGAACGGACAAGUCACAUCAUUGCCCAGGCCGACAAGCUACGGAGCGAGAUCGAGGCUGCGCGUAAGGAGAUUGCCGUCAAGAAGGACGCCAUCGCUCGUCGCAGGUCGGACCUAAUGGCUGUCACUGCGGGCACUGUGUCGAGACGUGCCCGGCAGCUGGACGAGGUCGAGCGGUCCACACAGAGACUGCGGUAUAAGUGGAAUCGGAUUGCCGAUGCCACGGCCAUAACAAGAGCAUUUUUGUGUGAAGAAGCUGCGAGAUUGUAUGGGCUGCGCCAAAUUGAGGAGGGCAGCGCUAAGCGGUACGAGAUUGGAGGCGUCGAGCUGUUUGAUCUCCAUACCAUGAAUGGGUUGUCGCCCGAACUGAUAUCGACCUCGCUUGCGCACGUAGCGCAUAUUCUGGUCCUCGCAUGCGAUUAUCUGGCCAUCCGGUUGCCGGCCGAGAUCACGUUACCACACAAAGACUAUCCGCGGCCGACCAUCUUCUCGCUCUCAUCGUCGUAUAAACAUGACAAAGUUAUUUUCCCAGGUUCAGCACUCGCGAUUCAGCAGUCAGCAGCCGCAGCAGCAGAGGACAAGCGGCUGCCGCGUCCGCGCCCCUUGUGGACUGAUAGACCGCUUCCGACGCUGGCGAAGGAUUAUCCUGACGUAUACUCGUAUUUUCUGGAAGGGGUUGCGCUGCUGGCGUAUGACAUCGCGUGGGUGUGCUGUUCUCAGGGCGUUUCCCUAGGUGACGGGGAUCCAUUCGAGGAGGUGUGUGCUAUCGGGAAGAAUCUCUGGCGCUUGCUCAUCGCUGGGAAACAUCACAAUGCACAUCAACCUCAUAAAAAUCGGCGACGCUCGCCCGAACCGGCUCCUUAUUCGCCUUUAUCUGGAAACAGUCCCAGGACCGAAGAUAUAGCGGGUGAAAUGGCAAACCCGAAGUCGUCGACAUCUACUCUUGGUCGUUGGUCUCAUGGAACAUGCCAUUCUUAUCUGGGGACUGCCGAGGGUAUGGAAUUCAUCAGGAGCUUCAAGCUGCUUUCGCCAUACAAGAUAUAUGAUAAGCUGAAACGACGGCUGUCGGCGGACGCGCCAUUGAUGGAUUGGGAGAGGAUUGAAGGCGAUGAACUUGAUGAUGGAUUCGAGGAUGGCAUGCUGGGCCGUAUUGAAGCUGGCGGCAACUCUGCUGGAAUGAAUGCGGGAAAUGGGCCGCCAGAUAUUCGUCUCGAUCGUGGUAAUGGCGGCGGCGGUAGUAGUCAUGGUGGUAUCGGCAUCCCUAAGGGUACUAGUGGCUGGACGAAGCUGAGAAAUCGGUAG